GACAGUUAUCAGGCAUGUUUUAGGUUAGUGGUUACAAAAUUUUUGAUUUUGAUUUCAAAAUCUUUUUCUAUCCAAAUAGUCCAUUGAAAAAUGGUCGUUGGAGCUUUUCCUGCAGCCAAACUUGGUACACUUUUACUGAAACAAAUUAGCAAACCAAUUGCCAAUGCUGUAAAAAAUCAAGCUAAAAGUUCACCUGUGUUUCGGAAAUAUGUGUGUAUGCCUCCAGCACAGUUUUACAAUUGGUGUGAAGUCAAGGCAAAAAUGUGGAUACUCAAUUUAGGAAAACCUGUAAAUAUCCCAAUACUCAGUGAAGCAAUGGCUAUUGAAUUAGGUGCAAAUUUAUUAGGAGAGGGAAUCAUUUUCAUAAUAGCUGCAGGUAUUCUGAUUUCAGAAUACAACAGGUCAGCAAAUAAAGAGGCUGCCAAAGAGACUGCUAAACAAGAAGAAAUGAACCAAUUACAAAACACAAUAAGGGAGCUAUUCAUUCAGUCAGAAGAACAAGGAGCACAUCUCAGAGAACUCACUAGAAAAAUAAUAGAUUUAGAAAGCAGAUUAAGUAAUCCUUUAGUACAACCAAAGCCACAUUCAGCAAAUCUACCUAUAACUGAUAAAAAUAUCAUUCAGAGUACCAUAGAACACAGAGAAGUAAUCCAUAACAAUAGUCACUAUCCUACAUUUUCAUCAAAAUCAAAUGGUCUGAUUUUGAAAGCUGUGGAUGAUGUUCAUAAUCAAUUUUGGAGUUACCCACUUCUAGAGAGAGAAGAUAGUUUUUUAGUUUCGGUUUUAUACUAUUUACAAAAGCUAUUGAGGCUUGGACAAUAGGUAAUUAUUCUGAAAGCUCUAGUCAUUCAAUAAUGAAAAUGAAAUUAAUUUGAUCUACAGGCUGUCCCUGCAAAGUCUCUACAGAAACUUGUCACAUAUUCCUCAGACUAAAACAAUUAGGUACAAGCAGACUUACCUUAGUACAAAGUUGCUUAGUUUGAGCACUAGAUGGCUCUGAAAUUACAAUUUUCAAAUCAUUUUUGCUUCAUAACUUUGAAGGGCUCAUGGGAUUUCACUCAAAUUUGGUAUGUUGGCAUACCUUUAUCAGGCAUUAAAACCCAUAUCAUGAUUAUGAUUAAUAUCAUUCCAUGGGCUUUGAACUUGAUUUUUUCAGUUAAUAAAAAUAUUUAAUUUCUAUGCCAAUUGAAAAAAAAAAGUUAAUUUAAUAUCAAAUUUGGAUUGCCUAACUUGUUUUCCACAAAUGAGUACUCUUGAGAAAAUUCAAUUACUCUCAUGGUUUGGACAGAAUUUGAAUUUUGGUAAUUGAUUGUUUUUAUCAUCCCAAGAAACAUAUCUGUUUAUAAUAGGGAUACAUGAACACAUAUAAAAAAUGAUAAUAUAAUAUAUCAAAAGGUUAACCAAUGAAUUCCACUCACACAUUUAAAUUCUGAGUAAUCAAUCAUGUCAAUAUAUUGAUUUAGAAAUUUUCUAGGUUUGUAUAAAUUCACUGUUGGUUCUAGACAAUUUAGAUAAAAAAUGCACUUAAUUGAUUUGUUUUGUUCAUUAGUGGUUUGAGGUGUGAAAUAUUUGUGCGCCCCAAAUAGAAAUUAAAUAUUGUAAAUCUGAAUAUAUGAGGCAAAAGUAAAUUACACUAGGUAUUCUACAGGAAUGAUAUUUCAGAUUUUGAAUAAAAUGCCUAUGUUUGGAUUUAUUUUCUUUCUCAUAUGGUCUAGGUGUUUGGUCCUCAAUAAUUUUUCAUCAAUAUAGAGACCUAAAAAUUUUUUUACCUCAGUAUAUUUGAAUAAUCUUUUGUUGAAAGAUAUUGCAUUAUUCAAAAUAUUGCAUCAGUCAACACCAAAACAAUUAGCAGAUAUUUCAUAAAUUUUUUUCAAAACUAAUGAAAUUUUGAACAAUAAUGCUUUGGAUAACUUAAUUUAAUUUUUUUCAAAUCCAUGAGAAUAUGGAAUUAUAUCAAGAGUACUUUUUUUGUAGUAAACAAGUUAGGCAAUUCAAAUUUAAUAUUCAAACCACUUCCUUUCCAUUGGCGUAGAAGUUAUAGACAUUUAUUUACUGGAAAAAUAAAGUUCUACGCCUCUGGAAUGAUAUUCAUCUUGAUCAUGAUAUGGAUUUUAUUCCCCAAUUAAGCUGUGCUAACAUACCAAAUUUGAGUAAAUUUUCAUGGGCCAGUUUCAGAAUUAUGAAGAAGAAUCGAUUUGAAAAUUGUAACUUCCAAACUGUCUACUGCCCAAACUAAGCAACUUUGUACUGAGGUAAGUUUGCAUGUAUGGAAUUGUUUUGGUCUGAGGAAUAUGUGAUAAGUUUUUGUAAAUACCUUUCUAGGACACCCUCUAUUAUUUAUCAUAAGAUGAAAGUAGUGUACAAGAAUAUUGAGAUAUAGGUAAUAGAAACAGGAAUGUUUUAUGGAUGAAUCUUACUAAUCUUACCACUGAACAUGUACAUAUGAAAUAUUUUGUGUUAUUGAAUAAUUCUAAGGUCAUAAUAUAAUAAAAGUUUUUGUUUUGGUU